CGACGAUGGAGAGCCCGCGACAGAACUUUGUCAAGCGCCUGGUCUCGGGCGUCACCUUGGCCAGCGCCGUCCUCGUCUUCUUCUAUGCGUCGCCCAACAUGGCGACAAGCGGUAUCGCAUCGCUCGUCGUCGCCAUGUGCCUCUACGAGUUCGCUUGGCUCAGCGACCGCAUCAAAGCGUCGCUGCGCAAGCCGCUGCCGGCGUCGCCGACCGCCAUCGACCAUGCCCAGAGCCUCAUCGGCCGCGUGUCGCCGGUUCGCCAUCGCCCGAUCGCCUUGUUGGCGGCGCUAUCGGCCACGAUCCUCGCCAGCGCGCUCGCGGUCGGCGCCUACUACUGCAUCGACGUGCACAUUGAACCAAGUGCGUUCCAGCAGCUCUUGCUACCGUACGUGGCCAUGGCGACCUUUGGCACGAGCCUUGCCGUGCUCUACGCGCCGUCGUUGGUCGCGGCGACGGUCAUUGUCAUUGCGCAAGGCAGCUUCUCGCUUGUUGUGUGCAACUCGCUGCUGUGCCCGGUGGCGGAGGCGCGCUGCGUCUUCAUCAUGGACUCGAGCUUCAUGCUCAUCUUUGGCUCGUGCGCCAUGUACCUCGUGCAUGUAUUGACGGCCACCACGACGUCGGAGGCGGUCGCCGCCAUCGUGCUCGACCAGCUCGCGCUCAUCUAUGUGGUCGGGACGUCGCAGAUUCUGGUCAAUUUCGUUGUCUUCUCGGCCGACUCGGAGACGCGCAAGCUCAUCGUCGUCUUGCUGCUCACGGUGUGGGCCGGCGACAGCGGCAGCUACCUCGUCGGCAGCGUCCUCCGACUGUACAAGUACACAACCGUGCGGUUCCUCGCGCCGCACUUGUCGCCCAACAAGGACAUUGAAGGCACGGUCGGCGGCAUCCUCUUUGCGCUAAGCAUGAUGUUUCUCGCCGUGUACCUCACGGGCUUUUCGCGGCCCAUGGUCGGGAACGUACUCAUGACGAUCGUCGGCUUUGCGUUCGGCCGCGUCGGCGAUCUCUUUGAGAGCAUGAUCAAGCGGGCGGCGGGCGUGAAGGACUCGAGCGCUAUGAUCCCAGGCCAUGGCGGCAUCAUGGACCGCGUCGACGCGCUUUUGUUUGCGAGCGUGGUCUUUUGCAUAUUCACCAUGGACAAUAGACUAUUCCACUAAGAGGGUGGACAUUAUUGUCUGUAUAGCCUAGGAGGACACGCGCGAAUAACUUAAUAUAUGUAUAUCG